AUGAAACCGUACUACGCGGUUGCUCGCGGUAGAACGCGAGGUGUGUAUAGGACGUGGCCAGAAUGCGAAAAAUCUGUGAAAGGAUUUACUGGCGCAAAGUUCAAGAAAUUCAGCAGCGAACGUGAAGCGCUCGACUUCAUCAAUGCCAACAAAGAAGGAUGUGUCCCUUUGGCAGUUAAACAACCAGCUGUAACGACUUCAUCCUCGUCAGGUGCUCUCAAACCAUCGAACAGUGGUCGUAUUCAGAAAAGACUCGUUCCAAGAAAAAACAUUCUUCAUCUGAAAAAGAAAGCGCUGUGUAAAACGGAUGUGGAUGAGUGGAGGUCACAAGGUGUUCCAGUAGUGUAUACAGAUGGUGCUUGCUCAUCAAAUGGUCGUCGUGGUGCCAAAGCUGGAAUUGGUGUGUUCUGGGGUGAUAACAGCCCUGACAACGUAUCACAACCACUCGCAUCUGGACCUCCAACCAAUAAUCGUGCCGAGCUUUCGGCUGUUAUUGCUGCUUUGAAAACGGCCCAUGAAAAGAACUUAACCAGACUGAUCAUCUGUACGGAUUCAAAUCUUUUGAUUCAGUCGAUGAAUUCCUGGAUCAAGAAUUGGCGAAAGAAUGGCUGGAAAACAGCGAAUGGUGAAGACGUUAAAAAUAAGGAUCUUAUUGUUGAGUUGGAUACGUGGUUGAAUAGAAUCGAGGUACGUUUUGAACACGUCGCUGGGCAUGCCGGUAUAUACGGGAAUGAAAAAGCUGAUGAAUUGGCUAGAAAUGGUGCAGUCAGAUAUGGCGGAUGA